CGGACUUGUGGCUUUAUAAGGAGGACGGGAUUCUUCAAGGCUGUAGGAUCCACUUCAUCACCACGACAAAUCUCCAAUAUGUCUUCUUCGACUCCUUUUUUCAAUGACUUUCCCGACUGCUCCCGCACCGGGCAACACAUACGCAACGUUUGCGGGCGUUGCCUAUUCAGGUGUAUUCUCCGAGCAAAGCCGGGAGACGAGGCGAAGAUCCCUUCUCUCUACUGCCUUUUGGCGCGCGCCUAUCUCCUCGUCAGAUCUAUCCCAUUCCACCUCGACAAGGCCCACGCCGCGUUGCAGAAAGCGGCUCCGUCCGGACCCCAUGGCGUCGUCGCUCUGCUGAACGCCGCAGUGUGGUACAGCAAAGGCGACAUCAAUCAUGCGUUCGAGCUGUACUUCAGUCUUCUGAAGAGCAACAUCACAACCAAAGAGCUAUGGUGGAACGUCGCGUCUGUCCUGGAG